CCUUAAGCUCCUUGAAAAUCAGAACAACAACCCUGAACGUGCAAGGGCUCAGUGUUUGCUAAAAACCAACAGCCAGUUAGCCUGCUAGGAGAGGCAGUCAGGCACAGUGGAUAAGAGCUGUGGAACUAGGAAACCAGAGUUCCAGUUUCCCAUGCAACCACGUGAAGGUCCCUUGAGCGACAGUUGGGCCGGUCGCUAUCUCACCUGCAGCCUUGCCUACCUCGUAGGAUGUUGUGAGGGCAGGGGAACCAGGCCACCUUGAGGUCCUUGGAAGAAAGGUAAGGAUGUUUCAGUGUGACAAAUUAACAAAUUGUGCCAAAUUGGUGAAUAAAUAAAUAAAUGUGUGUUCCUGUGUUUCCAAAAGAUCCAAUCACUUAUUAUACAUCUUUGCACAUCGCCGUGAUGCGGAACAAGCCGGACAUGGUAGAGCUGUUGGUGCAGGAAGGUGCAGACAUCAACCGGAGAGACAGGGUUCAUGAAAGCAGCCCCCUAGAUCUGGCUAGCGAAGAGCCAGAACGCCUCCCUUGCCUAAAGCGACUUUUGGAACUUGGAGCCGAUGUCAAUGCAGUUGAUAAACAUGGAAAGACCGCUCUGCUGCAUGCUCUAGCCAGCAGUGAUGGGGUUCAGAUCCACAAUACGGAAAACAUUCGCCUUUUGUUGGAAGGAGGUGAGCUUCCUCCACCCACCCGCCCCACCAAGCCCUGCUGCUUCCUUUUCCAGGGGUCCAGAUCCAGUGCAAAACUAUCAGUGGUCUCAGAGCAGGAAUGUGAACCAGGGAUCAAGGCUGGCACCCUCUUGCCAGCACACAGCAUUCUCCCUAAAGCGACCUGCCUGGGUGGGCUGGAAUGAUAAAAGGGCAAGCAC